AUGCUCGGCAAAAUCUCGUUUCUAUCGCUUUUAUUGGGAAUAGAAUGUUACACUAUUGCCGAAGAAACUUUGCUACAUCAAAAUUUGUUGAACGGUUAUAACAAAAGAAUUCGACCAGGAGCUGACAGAACUAAGCCAGUAAAUCUAGAUGCUAGUUUCACUCUGACAGCAAUUAAGGAAUUUUCUGAGAGUGAGGGGAAAAUUGCAGUUGUCGGUGCAUUUCGAUUUAAUUGGGAAGACGAGAGAUUGAUUUGGGACCCAGCAACCUACGGAGGCGACCUCCACAACACUAUUAUGUAUUUCCAAGACAUAUGGGUUCCACAGUUUGUGAAUAUGAAUCCAUACAAUGAGCUAAAACGCGUUGGUCUCGAUGAAAUGUAUUGUACACUAACCGAAACUGGUCAAGUUACUUUUAUUCCGCCAGAUUUGUAUGAAUCUACGUGCGAUGCCGAUGUGACGUAUUACCCAUUUGAUAAACAAAAAUGUUCCUUAUUGUAUUACAUUCCUGGGUACUACAUUAGCGAUAUGAACAUCACAGCGGCAUCAUCAACCCUUGAUAUGGACCUCUACGAAAAGAAUGGACUCUGGCAGGUAUUAGAAACUUCCUUUUCUGUAAAAACAAGUGCAAAGAAUUUUCAACUUAUCGAUCUCACAAUAUCAAUGACCAGGCGCACGACUUAUUAUGUCGCUGGUCUUCUUUUGCCAAUAGUGCUUAUGAAUUUCAUUCAACUUUUUGUGUUCCUCCUUCCGGUUGAAUCUGGAGAGCGCGUGGGAUUUAGCAUCACGGUUCUCCUAGCGGUAGCGGUUUUUCUUACUAUCAUUCAGGAGAAACUUCCGGAAGCUUCAGAACCAAACGUAUCAGUCCUUACCUAUAAACUAUUGGUGGACAUGAUCAUUGGAUGCGGGAUGAUUUUAGCUGUUGUGAUCGGAAUGAGGUUCUACCACAGGAGCGAUGACAUACGGGUUCCUUGGAUUCUUCGUGGAUUUACACGUUGUUUUUAUGGAUGUUGUACUCCAAUUAACUCAAAGCAGUCAGUCAAUCCUGACGAAGUUGUUGACAUAAAAUCUGAAAAACCAAGCAGGGGUUCUGAUGGAGUAUCUAUAACGUGGAAUGAUGUCGGGAAAGCAUUUGAUAGAGUUUGCUUACCUCUCUUCUUUCUGUCAUUGGUGAUGAAUAAUAUUGUUUACUUCAUAAUAAUAUUUGUGUAA